AUGGAGGACCUAUCCCUGGCCGGUCAGCCUGUUGGAUUGGAUGAGAUGAAUCUUUAUGUGUUUCGGGGUUUACGACCAGAAUAUCAAAACCUGACCGCAUUGCUUUCAGUUCGCGGCCAGCCCGUUACACUUACAGAGCUGGCCGACUUUCUAGGCGCUCAAGAAUUCAUCAGAGGAGCCGAUAGUGGUGGCUCGCCUGUUGCUUUCACCAUCCAACAAGGAGAGCGAAACCGCGGAGGCAAUCGCGGUGGUAACCGCGACGGUCAGGGCAACGGCAGCAAUCGUGGUGGUGGCCGAUCAUCUGGUGGCCGCAACGGUGGUCAACGUGGCCGCGUUGGUCAAGGUGGUAACGACGGUCAAACCCAAUGUCAAAUUUGUGGUUGUACUGGUCACUCGGCCUUGGCAUGUUACAAUCGUUAUGAUCCUCCUCCACAAGCAAAUUUGACAUAUCAGAAUAAUAGUCCAGAUCAGAAUGGUUCCCAGGUAUGGAUUCCAGACCCUGGGGCAACUAAUCAUGUGACUCCAGAUAUUGCAGCCCUAUCUACAUAUGAGGAAUACACAUGCAAUGAUAUUUUGCGUGUUGGUGAUGGUAAGGCACUCUCUAUUAGUCGUGUUGGUCAUGCUUCCUUUAAUACCCCAUCUAGGUCUGUUCAAUUAUCUAAUAUCCUUCAUGUUCGUAGUUUGUCUACAUCUUUAUUAUCAGUUCAAAAGUUUGCUCUUGAUAAUAAAGUGUUCUUUGAGUUUCAUCCAUUUUUUUUUUGUUGUGAAUGA